UGUAGACUAGCUUUACCCCAGGAAAAUAGGGAGAAGGGGCAGACAGGCUGGAGAUCAAAUUAGAUUUGCCUCUUCUGUGAUCAGCUUGAGCCAGAAACACAAAUCUGGACCUAUGUGAUACUUCAGGGAAGUACAACAGAAAGCUGCUUAUUGUGUCUUUGAUGUUCCUACAUUUACAACCCCAUACAAAGUGGUUUUGUUGUUACCACUCAUCUGCUUUCAGUCACGGCACACUCCCCUGGGACCAUUAGCAUCUAUAUUAGGUCCUUCACUACAUUGCCAGCAACUUUGAUAACCACAGCUCAAAAACUCCUGCGACUGGUGAGUGUGUGUCUUUACUCUGACCUCCAUCCACCGUCAGAAAAACAACCACCAAGAAUAAGACUGCCAAGACAGCAAACUUAUUUGAUUACAUAGAGCACUGCUUGCUUUCCUUCUAUUACUGAUGAAUGUUACUGUAAAUGUGCAACAUCUGCUCUGCUAGUGGAGGGGUCCCCUGUGAGCAUGUUUCUCCAGACAGUGACAUCACGGCGUUAUCUAGACCGCGCAUACGCAGGCAGGCUAGCAGCAGGCUGUUCUUCCUCUGGAGAGCUCUCCCCUGCUACACCACUACAGACUGCUACGACCAAAGAUAAACGUGUCUUGAUUUUUACCUCUUUAGUGAGCAUGAAACAUGGAUGCUUUCCAAACAAUCCUGAAAUUCUUUAUGAACCGGAAAACCGCUAUAGGUUACAGUUUUAUGGCACUCCUGACAAUGGGAGGUGAGCGUGUGUUUUCUCUUGUUGCUUUCAGAUGCCCCUGCAGCAAUGAAAACUUCAGGUACGGUUUGGUAUUUCUCUUCUCCCCUGCUUUUGUUUUGCUAGUUAUUGGAUAUUUCUUGAACAGCAAGACCUGGAAACUCUUUACAGGCUGCUGGGUGAAUCCCAGAAAAAUAUUCCCCAGAGGGAAUAUCUGCCAUUUUUUUUACAUCUUUGGACAAAUCACUUUAAAUGCUCUGGUAGCCCCAGUGAUGUGGCUUUCUGUGGCUUUGCUCAAUGGGACUUUUUACGAAUGUGCUAUGAGUGGCUUGAAAAAUCCUGCCUACUUGAAUGCAGUUUGCCACAGCAAAUCUGCAAAGUGCUUUGAAGAGCUAUACAAGGUAGCCUGUGACAAAAGCUCCAUGCCCUUUUCAGAGAGUGACGAGCUGAAACGAACUCUUCAAGCACAGUCCCAGAUUUUAGGCUGGUGUGUGAUAGUUACCACAGCUCUCCUCUCCCUGCUAACAACUUGCUGCGUCAGCUGCCAGUCAAAAGUCAGCCACCUCCAGCUGAUGUUCUGGAGGGUGUAUGCGGAGAAGGAGAAGGAGCAACUUGAGCAGAUUUUCCAGCUGUAUGCCACCAAGCUGAGCGAGCGAAACCUGAAGUGCUUUUUUGAGAACAAGGAACCAGAAACAAUUCCUCUGCCAGCUUUUCAGGCAUGGGAGGAUGCUUCCCAGCUCUACUCUUUCAGCAGUAGCAAACAGCAUUAUAGCACAAUUCACAGGCUAGUUGAAGAAGGCCAGAAAGAAAUCAAUGAGGAAAGAGAAACAAUGCUGGACUUUGUAGACAGAAGGGAAAUACCAUAGAUCAAAUAUAUUUUCAGCUUUUUUACAUCUUGCUUAUACGGCCUAUUUCUAGCUGGUUUCGUCUCUGUAUUUUUUCACAAUGGCCUCUUCUUCAUCAAGUUCCUGCCUAGUUACAAACUUGCUCCAGAAGGAUGGAAUGAAAUUAUUUCCCUACAUCAGUGAAAAAGCUGCAGAUCUCCAUGGCACCUAGGGUUCACACUCUACUAAUGUUGCAGACUCCAGAUCAAGAGCUGACAGCAAAGAGAUGGAUAAAAAAAGAGGGGUUUAGCAAUAUCCUAUGUAAAAGACACUAUAUUAUGCACAUCCUAUGUAAACCAAGAGACCAUCACAAUGUAACACCAUUUAAAAGGUGUGAAUAUAAUAGGGGUGUGUGUGAAUACAAUAAUAGAGGAUGUGUGUGGUUUUCUGCCAGCCCACAGAAAGUAAAGGUUUUGCUUCCAGGUCAUUUCCAGGCCAUUUACAGAUACAGCAUUGUUUUGAGGCACCAGUGGUCACACAAGGCAUCUCAGUGUCUUUGGACUCCUAUUGCACCUACAAUGCUACGGAUGGUCACAAUGAUCAGCCCGGGUCCUCUAAUCCCUGAGACAUCUGCCUGGGGACGUGACCUCCACUGACAGUGAGGUGCCAGGUAAAUUUUUAGACAAAUCUUACAGUUGAAGUGUAGGGUACCAAGAACUUGAAAUUACCAAAUAGCUCGGCAUUUUGUGUAAAAAUUAACAUGCUAUUUUGAAACAUAAUCAGUUGUUGUUAGAGCUUUGUUACAAUAAUGAAAAUGCAUUACUAAUAUUUUGCAUCUAUAGAGUACUUGGUAUUAUCUUCUCCCACUGAGAAUUUCUCUUUGUGUGGGUAUAAAGCUCCUGUUUUGAGUGGGGUUUGGGCACUGGGUGCAGCCUGUAGAGCUAUGCAAUUAUUGUUUGUACUGGGCCAAAAGCCAGUGUACAACAGAGGGCCUGGAAGAAAAUUCCACAUUUUAAGACAGGAAAAUAUUUUUGUAGCAGGGUGAUUUUCACUUUUUCUGAGUAUCUUAGGAAACUUAAUGUCUGGAGCAAGAGGAACUGGCAGGCAAUGCAGGUGAGGUGACUGCAUGAUCAGUACUUCUGACAAAUGCAUUUCACCCCAGAGCCCUAUGCUUUACCUCACCUACUUGGAAUUCACCACAUGGCUCUAAUACGGGGUGUUUAGAGUCUUUGCAAAUACUCUAUAGAAGGAGAACAAAGUUUCUGCCAAGUUCCUUUUCCUGGGGUGACUGGGCAGGCUUUUAUGCAGCAUUUUACUGCCGGUCUCCCCAAGUCUGCAAAGAAUCAUAUUUUUUUGCUCUGUUUGAAUAGGGCUCUUAUCCACAAAUCAGGGUACUCUGUCCAGCUGUUCUCAUGCUCGCUGCUCUUCAGCAGAAAAAACUUCAAGAAACUAUCUGUAUUUACUCUUUGUUAAAAUAAAAUCCAAGAGCUAACUCCA